GAUGCUUGGGGAAUCGGGAGAUCGCCGAAUCUCGAGCGUGCUUCAGGCUGGAUGGUUUCUGCAGCUCCGGUGCCACGGAACUGUACUGCGCCACUGAAUCCCUGAUCAGGUGGGAACAGUUUCAACGGUCGGAUUAGGUGCGGUUACGGUGUCAACUUCGGUUUGGGGGGAAUUAAACAUGGUGCUGAACCAUGAUUGUUUUGGGCAUCUUGGCAUGCAGGACGCGCCCGGUCAUUUUUUUGUUUCCACAUGCUUACCGGUGCCCAGGGGUGCCGGCAGUUGUCACCAAAUUGGGCGAGCUAGUUCUUUGCUUCAGUUAGCACUUCUCCAUCGGCUGGAUGACCCCUCACAUUUAAUGCACGCCGAUAAUGAUCCAGAGGCUGCUGUUCUUCGUCUUGGAUAUGUGAAGCCUGAAGUUAUCAGCUGGACACCAAGGAUAAUUGUUUUCCAUAAUUUUCUUAGUUCAGAGGAAUGUGAUUACCUAAUGGCAAUUGCUAGACCAAGACUCCAAAUUUCCACUGUAGUGGAUGUCGCAACGGGAAAGGGUGUAAAAAGUGAUGUUCGGACAAGUUCUGGUAUGUUCGUGAAUUCUGAAGAAAGAAAAUCUCCAGUCAUUCAGGCUAUAGAGAAACGGAUUUCUGUGUUUUCUCAAAUACCUAAAGAAAACGGGGAACUUAUUCAAGUAUUGAGGUAUGAAGCAAGUCAAUAUUAUAGGCCACAUCAUGAUUAUUUUUCUGAUACUUAUAACCUGAAACGUGGGGGGCAGCGUGUUGCUACAAUGCUGAUGUAUUUGACUGAUGGUGUUGAAGGUGGUGAAACCCAUUUCCCACAGGCAGGAGAAGGCCAGUGCAGUUGCGGAGGAAACAUUGUCCGAGGACUGUGUGUCAAGCCAAACAAAGGCGAUGCCGUUCUCUUUUGGAGCAUGGGAUUGGAUGGCAACACUGACCCGAACAGCAUCCACAGCGGGUGCCCUGUUCUGAAAGGCGAGAAAUGGUCGGCGACGAAAUGGAUGAGGCAGAAGAUGACUUUCUGAUUGUAAUUAUUUGGGUUUGGUCCGUACAGAGAAAUUCCUUUUUUUCUAUUCUGUACAACAUUUUUCUUUGAAAUGGAAAGAACAUUUUGGUAAAUCUGACAAGUAAAUGAAUAGAGAGGAAGAAUCACCUCAGAUUUA